AUGGUCACCGAACCGUUUUCCACUUCUUUGCGGCAAGCUCUCAUGGGAGAAGACCAACAGGGCUCGUUUGGAGUUAUAUCAGUGACUCCCGACAAGUAUCCGGUCUCCGUCGCAGAUUUAGACGAAUAUGCAAGACAGCAAUGGGAGGCCGUGCUUGGGUAUAUGGUUGGGAUGAGCUCGUUGAGCGGAGGACGGGAAACCAUCACUCUCAGCAAAGGGGUGAAGCAGCUUCUUCAGGCCUGCCAUCUGGUGGAAAUUCGAGAUCGGAGGGUUGAAAUUACGAAAGAAGGAUUCGCCUUUGUUCUACAAGACGUCAAUACCCAGGUCUGGCAUAUACUCAUUCUCUACGUCGAGAACGCAGAAGCUAUAGGCAUGGAAAGCGUCGAGGUUCUCUCGUUCAUUUUCUUGCUCAGCAGUCUUGAGCUCGGCCAGUCUUAUGAGAAAAAGGACCUCACUCCCACACAGCUUCGAACACUUGCCGAUCUCACCGAUUUUGGCAUUGUCUACCAACACACGCCUGCUUCUGGGUCCACCAGAUUCUACCCUACCCGGCUGGCUACUACACUUACCUCCGACUCUUUAGCCAUGUCAGGCCCGAUAUCAGGAGAACCCACGGUCCCAACCACAAGUGCAGGUACCACAACAUCCGGUGAUGCAGGUACUGGAUUCAUCAUUGUUGAAACAAACUACCGUUUGUACGCAUACACAUCAUCACCUCUACAGAUAUCUCUCAUAUCCCUCUUUACAACUCUAAAAUUCCGAUUUCCGAAUCUUAUCACCGGCAAAAUAACCCGUCAAUCCGUCCGCCGAGCCAUCGAAAUGGGUAUCACAGCUGAUCAGAUUAUAUCAUAUCUCACCACUCAUGCCCAUCCACAGAUGCGUAAGACGAAAAAAUCUACGUCAAAUGUUUCUUCUUCGGUCUUGCCACCUACCGUUGUCGACCAAAUUCGGCUUUGGCAGCUGGAACGAGAUCGAAUCAAAGCAACAUCAGGGUUCCUUUUCAAGGAAUUUGACACCUUUGCAGAAUUCGAAGCUCCUUGCAAGUAUGCUGAGGAAAUCGGUGUAUUGGUUUGGAAAUCUGAUUCAAGGAGGAUGUUUUUUGUUACCAGACAUGAACAGGUUGCUGCGUUCCUACGUAGUAGAGCGGCGUCAAGGGGUUAA